AUGGAUCAAGAUCUUGCAAAUAAAUUAUUUGAAGUAGGAGCCUUUGUACUUUUUUUAGAUGCACCAGCUAAUUUAGAAUUUGGUAUUGAUUACAAUGCUUGGACGAUUGGGCCCUUAUUUAAAGGUGUCAAAUUGAUUCCACCUGGCUUACAUUUUAUUUAUUUUUCAACUACAAGUAAAGAGGGUAAGGAAGGAAUUAGAACAGGUUUCUUUCAUUUUUUCGAAUCACGCGAGAUCCUUGUUAGACAAUGGAAUCCACAAAUUGAGGAUAUACGCGAUGAGUCAGAGUUAGACCCUAAUCAAGUUGAACGUUUAAGAUACAACAUUCGAGAAUUUGAUCGUAACAUGGGACCCUAUCCUUUAGAUCCUCCAGUUUAUUAUGAACGAUGGAAGAAAUUAACCAAUUAUAUAACCCCAGGACUUGUUCGUCGUAUUCUUCCUAAUAACGGUAAAGUAAGUCAUCUUCCUGACAAAUCGGCGAAUUUAAAUCCAGAGAAUGAUGUAGCCAUAGCUAAAGAUAAACGAUUGGGUAAAGCAAUUGAAAAGGAAGAAGGUAUGGAAUUUACCGAUUUUGAUCUUCGCAGAUCAUUUCCUAAGGGAGCCACAGGUGAAGAAGUGACUCGUUGGAGCUUAGAUAAAUCAUGGCUAGCACGUGAAUUAUUAAAAAAAGUGUAUCAUCAUGAUUAUCAAGUCAUGCUGGGUGAAUUACAACUUGCUUUUGUGUGCUUAUUAAUGGCACAAAACUUUUCAGGAUUUAAUCAAUGGAAGAAUCUUGUGCAUCUUUUAUGUUCUUGUACUGAAUUGAUUGAAGAAAAACCAGAUAUGUUUAUAGACUUUAUGGAUGUAUUACAAUUUCAGUUGAAUGAAUGUCCUGAAGAUUUUUAUCGUGAUAUUCUUUCUGAAAAUAACUUUACAAGUGUUAUGUUGAAGACUUUUCAAAGAAACAUUCCUACAUCAAAUGAAAGUUUGUUAAAGCGAUAUAAAAAGCUAAAGAAGUUUAUUCAAGUAAAAUUUGACUGGGAGAUACCAGGUGAUGAAGGAAGUGAAGAAGAAGAAGAAGAAGAAGAUGCGCCUGUAAUAGUUGAUUUAUAA